UUACGGCUACUGUCGUUACUGUCGUCGAAUCUGAUUAAACAAUACCGGCAUAAAAUGAGAUAGAACGAGGUCAAUUGUAUUUCAACUAAUUAGUAUGUCUCGUUUUUCACAUCAGGUUGAAAAUCCUAUGAAAUUUUUCGUACUCCCAUGUGCUUCGGUUUCAAAAAAUCUGGCAAACUGUUAAUGCCAAUAGAAUUCUAUCUUGCUCUUAUAGUUCUGAUAGAGUGCAACAGAUUCCAAACAUCAAUUUGACAUGUAUUAACUGCUGUGGGAUAACUCCCUUCAAUUGACCGAGUGUGGCUGAGUUGGAAUUUCUUUUGCUUUCUAUUUCCGAGUGGCUAAAAGAUGAGAGAAAAGUUAUCAAUGCUGACAUGUGUUGCUGUUUACUCAUCAUGUAAUGUAAUCAGUUUGCCACAAACUGCAGAGAAGGGGGAAGACCAAGCAGUUUAUCAUUCAGUCUCUAAACUGCUAUAGUCGAUGAAAGAAGUUCCUAUAAAUCGAUCAUUUUUCAACAGCUUUUACCUGUACUAAGUCCAAUUGAAAGAAGACCAAGAUGCCAAACUCCAAAUGUGCAGCGUUCUUUACACUUCUUGUAUAUGCCAGGUCUACAUUUCAAAGCUCAUCAAAUUAUCAGGCAAAGGCUCGGUAUCUUCCUGAAGCCAAGUUUGGCUACAAUGAAUACUCGGAGUAUUCUGACAAUGAAGGAACAGAGAAAGAAAAAGGGCCACAGAUGCCUCAGUGGUCGCAAAAUUUUGGCCAAGGAAUUUCCAUCGAUCCAACUCUUGUCCAAACUGCAUCUGCUCCUGUUCUUUACCCAAAAGAAUUAGACUCAAAUAUAAUUUGGGACCAGCAAUGGCCUGCUGAAAUACAGUUUGGACAGUUAUCUGCGGUUUCGAUAGAUCCACAAGGCAAUGUUGCAGUUUUUCACAGAGGCAACCGCGUUUGGGGCUUGGUGACGUUUGAUGUUCACGAGAAAUUCGAUCGCGAGGAGGGUCCGAUCAGACAAAACACAAUCGUACUUAUUGACAGCACUGGCAAAAAGAUCUUGGAGUGGGGAAGGAGUAUGUUCUACCUACCCCACGGUCUUACUAUCGAUCACUUGGGUAACUACUGGAUUACAGACGUCGCCCUGCACCAAGUUUUGAAGUUUGACGCCAAGGAUAUACCCAAAGACUCUGAGAAGAUCAAGGAACAACUCCAUUCUGCACUGCCACUUGCUGACGGGCACACAUUGAGGGAAGGUGUUAAUGGGGAGCACGGAAUUAGACCCUCACUUGUGUUAGGUGAGGCCUUUGAGCCUGGCAAUGACAACAAGAGAUUUUGCAAACCUACCAAUGUGGCUGUUGAAAAAAAUGGAGACUUUUUUGUUAGCGACGGGUACUGCAACUCAAGGAUCAUAAAAUUCAAUGAAAAAGGAGAGCGAAUUCUAUCUUGGGGGCGAAAAUGGGGAAUCCAAGAGACUCGUUUUCAUUACCCUCCGUCCAACGCUUUUUUCGUCCCUCACGCGUUGGCAGUGGCAGAGGAUUUGAAUCUUGUAUUCGUUGCGGACAGGGAGAACGGUAGAGUGACGUGUUUUUACGCUAAUAAUGGGACGUUUCACCGAGAAUACAAACACCCUCUAAUUGGGAAGAGGAUAUUCAGCAUCGCUUACAAUAGUGGAAAAAUUUACCUGGUCAACGGUCCAGAAUUCACAGCCCCUGGCGCACACGUCAGAGGAUAUGUUAUAGAUGUUACCACCGGUGGAGUUCAGUCGCAAUUCGCACCUGGAAUGGACAUGAAAAAUCCACACGACAUAGCAGUUUCGACUGACGGAAAAUUGAUUUACGUUGUCGAAUUGAAUCCCCAUAAAGUGCACAAAUUUUUGCAAGAUAUAACGAAUUCUACGCUGCAAAGUGGGAAAAGUGAAUCUAAUGCUUCGGUACCAAUUCUUUCUUCGGCUUCUCCGCAUCAUGAAACUCUUCCUCUGACAGACGUGAACUCUAUUGAUUCUGUACGAAAGGGUGUCACAGCAACAACGAUUAUUUUGUCGCUCGUUAUCGCUGCCAUCGUGCUUGUUGCACUCUGCGUUGCCGUUGCAGCCAUAGUUGCGAGAUGCCGAAAAAGAGGGUGUUUGCUGACAGUGAGACGAGCCGGUAUGCACUGGGAAUCUGAUAGAAGGGAAAACUUCAAAUUAUCAAACUUACUGGAAUCUAGAAAUAGCAAAUUGGGUGCUAGUGGUCGCAAAUUUUUUGACAAACGACCAAACACCAGAGAUUUUAGUAAACUUAACACUGAACCGGAGACCUCCGAUGAUGAAAAUGACCUUGCCAAGAUGAUUUAAUAAUCUGAGAUAAUAGCUAUUAACGUUUUAGAAGAGGGGAAUUUCUUACCACCAAAAUAAAAGAGAUAAGUUUAGAGUUUUUCAACUCUAGCCAUGCAAACAACAAUUUGAUGGACCAUAAAUUAUUUGUACGAUAGAGUCUUGGAGAUAUCGAUGCGACAAAACAAAAAUUGUUUCAAAGGUUGUUUGGAAAUUGCUUUUAAUGUUGGUGUGUUGAAUAAACUCUGCUUCUCUAAAUUCUUAGUGGAGGAAGGGAAUUCAAAAAAUUCUAGUAAAUAUGCAUGACAACUCCACCUGUUUUUCUGUUUUUGUUUUUAUCACAUUAUAAGGACCAUUUUUAUGACACCUAUUUCACUGUAAAAAGAAUUUGGAGAGCAAAAAUCGCGAUAAGAUGUAAGAGCUCAGCAUAUACAUUAAAAAUUCCCGGAAUUUUAUAAUUUAUUCAUUGUCAUUUCUGUCAAUUAUCCGCCUGUCGGCCUAUCCAUUAUCUUAACUUUGUUGUUAUUAUUAUUACUAAUAUCGUAUCCAUUAUCAUCUGGUACAAUUACAACGAUCCUAAAGAUUUCGAGUAAGUCAUAAAAUAUCACUCAUUGUUGUACUCAAUCUGAACUGAAUAUCGUAACACCUCCCCAUAUGCAUAAAUCUGCGAUAUUCAAUAAUCAAUAUUGUGUAAGUGUGCGUGAUUAUAUACCUAUAAUCUUAAUGUACAAACACUUUAAUAAUAUCAAAAGUGUAUAUUUUCAAUAAAAUUUGGUGUUUGUACUAACCACA